GGCGGCCCCGGCUCCUGUGUCCCCUGCGCAGAGCCCCUUCCGCGGGGGGUGCGGCUGGCCGGGGUCGCCCCCCGUGCUGCCCGGUCUCUCGCGGCCUUGGUCCCGCCUCACGUCAUGGCCCGAACAGGAGUUAACGAGUUUGAUGCCAAAGCCGCUGAGGAAGCUGUUGGAACGGUGAAUGGAACAAUGCGAAGUGAAGGAUCGCAGUAGACAGUUAUCUCGAGUCUUGAGAUCAAUUUUUUCUGGCAUGGAGUUGGGGGAUCAUGAACAGCCCGUUGUUAUGAGAGAUGAAAACAAACGAAGGAGAAGAAGAAUGAAACCUCAUUGUACAUCAAGUAGUUUUUCAUCCAUGGAACUGAUACCCAUUGAGUUCAUUUUACCUACAAGCAAUAAACAUACUAAAGCACCAGAAAUUAUGUUACUUGAAAUAGCUGGCAACUGCACGGUGGAGCAAAUGAAGGCACAGGUUUGGAUGCGUGCAAUAGAGACGAGUCAAACCACAGACUUCUACCAUUCAUUCACCCCAGAUCAGUUUAUUCUGCAGUAUCAGAAGAAAGGACAAUGGUAUGAAAUUUAUGAUAAACAUCAAGUGUUACAGACAUUGGACUGCAUACUGUACUGGAAGGUGUUACAGAAGAAAGUAGGCAAGAUCUAUGUUGUCCAGAAACAAAAACCAUCAGAAGAAGUUCAGGAAUUUCAGCAGCAGCUUAAUGAUUUGAUUGGUUAUGAUGUCACUGAUGUAAGCAAUGUACAUGAUGAUGAAUUAGAAUUUACCCGGCGCAGAUUAGUCACUCCACGAAUGAUAGAGGUAGCCUGCAGAGAUCCUAAAUUAUAUGCAAUGCACCCAUGGACUACAUCUAAGCCACUCCCAGAAUAUUUAUUUAAAAAGAUCACUAAUAAUAAUAUUUUCAUAAUCAUACAUAGAGGAACGACUAGUCAGAAAAUUAAAGUGUCAAUAGAUGACACUCCAGAUAUGAUUCUCCACAGCUUUUUCACAAAAAUGGCAAAGAAAAAGUCUUUGAUGGACAUUCCGGAAGAUCAUAGUGAACUGGAUUUUGUUCUCAGGAUUUGUGGCAGAGAUGAGUACAUUACAGGAGAGACACCGAUCAAAGAUUUUCACUGGAUAAGACAGUGCCUUAAGAAUGGGGAAGAAAUCCACCUUGUCCUCGACAAUCCUCCAGACCCGAAUGAAGAUGAGGUUCAGAAGGAAGAAUGGCCCUUGGUGGAUGACUGUACAGGAGUUACAGGGUAUCAUGAGCAAUUGACAAUAGAUGGAAAAGAUCAUGAGAGAGUCUUCACUAUCUCUUUGUGGGAUUGCAAUAGGAAAUUUAGAGUGAAAAUAAUUGGCAUUGAUAUCCCAGUUUUACCAAGAAAUACUGAUCUUACUGUGUUUGUUGAGGCUAACAUUCAACAUGGGCAGCAGCUCCUUUCACAGAGAAGAACUUCGUCAAAGCCCUUUACUGAGGAGGUUCUGUGGAAUAUUUGGUUGGAGUUUGAUAUCAAAAUCAAGGAUUUGCCUAAAGGAGCACUCCUGAAUCUUCAGAUAUACUGUGGCAAAGCACAGGGACCAUCUGCAAAGACAAACCUUCAGUCACAUGAAUCCUCCAGUUCUGAUGCAAAAUGCAAAACCCAGCUUCUCUAUUAUGUAAAUCUUUUGUUGAUAGAUCACCGUUUCUUGCUACGAAGUGGGGAGUAUGUGCUCCACAUGUGGAAAAUUCCAGGUAAGGGGGAAGAACAAGGAAGUAUAAAUGCAGACAAACUCACAUCAGCAACUAACCCAGAUAAAGAAAACUCAAUGGCUAUCUCUAUUGUGCUGGACAAAUACUGUCACCCAAUUGCCUUGCCCAAGCACAGGAUAUCAUCAGACCCUCAGGGGGACAGGACCCGAGCUGAAAUGCCCAACCAGCUUCGCAAGCAACUUGAAGAGAUCAUAGCAACUGACCCACUUAAUCCACUUUCUCCUGAGGACAAAGAACUGUUGUGGCACUUUAGAUAUGAGAGCAUAAAGCACCCCAAGGCAUAUCCUAAGCUGCUUAGCUCUGUGAAAUGGGGACAACAAGAAAUAGUGGCCAAAACAUACCAGUUGCUAGCUAAAAAAGAGGCUUGGGAUCAGAGCACUUUAGACGUUGGACUCACAAUGCAACUUCUGGACUGUAACUUUUCAGAUGAAAAUGUCCGAGCAAUGGCAGUUCAAAAACUGGAAAGUUUAGAAGAUGAUGAUGUUCUUCAUUAUCUUUUGCAGCUUGUGCAGGCUGUGAAAUUUGAGCCGUAUCAUGACAGUGCAUUAGCCAGAUUUUUGCUGAAACGUGGUUUGAGAAACAAAAGAAUUGGUCACUUCUUGUUUUGGUUCUUAAGAAGCGAAAUUGCCCAGUCCAUGCACUACCAACAGAGGUUUGCAGUCAUCCUUGAAGCCUACCUUAGGGGCUGUGGAAAAGCAAUGCUGCACGAUUUCAUGAAGCAGGUUCAAGUAAUUGAAUUGCUGCAUAAAGUCACAAUGGAGAUUAAAUCAGUUUCUGCGGAAAAGUAUGAUGUUACUUCUCAAGUUAUUGCACAGCUGAGACAAAAGCUUGAAAAAUUACAGGGCAGUAAACUUCCAGAAAGUUUUAGAGUUCCAUAUGAUCCUGGGCUAAGAGCAGGAGCACUAGUGAUAGAAAAAUGUAAAGUAAUGGCAUCCAAGAAGAAACCCCUCUGGCUUGAAUUUAAAUGUGCAGAUCCAACAGCUCUGUCCAAUGAAACCAUAGGCAUCAUCUUCAAACACGGAGAUGACCUCCGUCAGGACAUGCUAAUUUUACAGAUUCUUCGAAUUAUGGAAUCCAUUUGGGAAGCAGAAUCCUUGGACCUCUGUUUGUUGCCAUAUGGUUGCAUUUCUACAGGGAACAAAAUAGGAAUGAUCGAAAUUGUGAAAGAUGCUACAACAAUUGCCAAAAUUCAACAGAGUACAGUUGGGAACACUGGUGCAUUUAAGGAUGAAAUAUUAAACCAGUGGCUCAAGGAAAGAUGCAUGAUUGAAGAGAAGUUUCAGGCAGCUGUGGAAAGAUUUGUUUAUUCAUGUGCUGGAUACUGUGUCGCAACCUUUGUACUUGGAAUAGGAGACAGGCACAAUGACAACAUCAUGAUUACAGAGACAGGUAACCUUUUCCAUAUUGAUUUUGGCCAUAUUCUUGGGAAUUAUAAAAGCUUCCUUGGAAUUAAUAAGGAGAGAGUUCCUUUUGUGCUGACUCCAGAUUUUCUGUAUGUCAUGGGAACUUCCGGAAAGAAGACAAGUCUCCAUUUCCACAAAUUUCAGGAUGUAUGUGUGAAGGCUUAUUUAGCUCUCCGACACCACACAAACCUGCUGAUCAUCCUGUUCUCCAUGAUGCUGAUGACUGGGAUGCCCCAAUUAACCAGCAAAGAAGAUAUUGAAUAUAUCAGGGAAGCACUGACAGUAGGGAAAAGUGAAGAAGAUGCCAAAAAGCAUUUUCUUGAUCAGAUAGAGGUUUGCAGAGAUAAGGGCUGGACGGUGCAGUUUAACUGGUUUUUGCAUCUUGUGCUUGGAAUCAAACAAGGAGUAGAAAAGCAUUCUGCUUAAUAUUUUAUGUAAAUUAACUGUGGGUGUGAAUAGGAGGUUAGUGAACCUACAUGUUAUUUCUGAAUUAUGAAUAAAUGAACAGUCAAAAUUGCCUUUACUCUUCUGGCAGCUUAAAUGGAUCUUGUAAAAAGGCAAGGACUUUACGCUGCCCCUCCAGAAGAUCUUCCAGCAGAUAAGUUUUUUUUUUUUCUUUUCUUCUUUAGCAAUAAUUUCAGAUAAAUAUAAGGAGGAGGUUGAAUAAGAUGAUAACCUACAAACCCCCUGUGACCUUAAAUUGUUUGUGAGGGUCAAGUCCUUCAAAACCAGAAGAAUUUAUAUAAAAUCUAUGGUUAUAGUGAAAUCUCUGGAGAAAAUCCCUAUGUGUCUCAGGAUGGUUUAGACAUAAGUGUUCUUCAUCUACAUCCUUCUCUGUUGUCCCUUCCUCAACAUUUUGUCCUUUCUGGAUUUUUCAUAUGUUGUCAGUAGAAAAGGGCUUUGGGUCUGCCACUGGGGGAAAUUGCCUUUCUGUUACUGUAACCUCCUGACACAGACAACCAAUCUUGACUGCCAGGAGAACUUCAUAGUUACUGGGAAGUUCCUCAGAUUUGAACAUGAAGUUCUGAAGGUUUAAUUUUCAAAGAUUUUUUUACUGUAAUUUUUAGUGGGUAACAUCCAUGUUAUAUUACAGAUUAUAUUCUUAGUGUAAAGUUAUUAAAAUUCCACCUGUAUAGGAAAAGCUUUGUAGAAAAAGCAAUGGUACUUCCUUAUCCCUCAGAGAAAACUCCUUAUCUAAAAGUAAUUGACACAUUACCAAAUAUCUGAAAAACCCAAAGUUAUUUAUUCCUUGGUGAUAUUUUCAGGAUAUACCUAGAAGGAAUUAAAUGUAAUCUUUGAAGUUGUGUAUAUUUUGCUAUUUAUUUUUAAAUUUCUGAAGAAACAAUACUACUGAAAAGCUAUUUAUGAAAGAAAAAAAUUCCCUUGUCUUUAAUUUCAAUAUUUAAACUUAAAAGAGUUAAAAAUGGACAGUGUUAAGUAGAAUUUUAACUCUCUACUGUAGAUUGCCUGCAAAUCAAGUCUGCCUGUGGUAGGAAAGGAAAAAGACAUAUAGCCUGUUUAGUCUUUGACUUGAAUUAUUAUGGUAUACUUCUUGCUAAUUGAUUGUUACCAAAGAGAGAAGAUGGCUUAUAAUAUUGCUUUUUUGCACUUGUGCCCAUGUAAUUUCUUCCUUCAUUGUAGUGUUACGUGGGCUUUACAUUACGUAUAAAUGAUUAACUGAAUUUUAAAAUUCUGUUAUCAUUUGCUUUGAUCAUUUCACAGAACUGUUAUGAUUUUAACUACUGCUACUACUGAGUGCAUUCUUGAAGGAUUUUUAAUAAAUGUACUGUAAUUGGUGUCUCAGUUAUGAGAUGUAGCCAAUCUAUUCUUGAAAUGUAGAUGUUUAAUUGUUUACUGUGCACAAGUAUUUUUGAUGUAAAUGGUAGACUCCAGUUAAGGAAAUCUCUAAGAUUAAAAUGUAGACUAUUUUGUUAUUCUGUUACAUUAUUAUUCUGUGCAAGAUAGGCUUUAGAUCAUACUAAAAUAUAAACUAAAUGGUGAAUAUUGUCUGUAAAAUGAUAUUUUUAGAUUUGUAUUUUAUAGAUCUGAAAUAAAU